AUGCUGCCGAGUGCGUCGCGGAACCGAUCCGGCGUGGCGUCCCUGCUGCAGCGCAGCGCGCAGUACCUCAGCGGCCUGCUGCACAGCGUGACGCACGCACCGCCAGCGUCAUGCCCGUCGUCGCUGGGAUUCGGCCUCCCUUCCCUUGUGGGCAAAGACACAUGUGGCCGUGAGGGUGGGCGCCAGCAGCGGCAGCUCGUGGCGUCACUUCGCAGCAUUGCGGCAGCGCACUGCCAGCUCGACGCGAAGUGGAACGUGGCGGAGUUGCAGGCGUCGCUGCUUGCUGCGCUGUUCCCGAAGCCGCACCGCAACAACAGCGUCACACACGUUAUGGAGAGCCACGCGCUCGCCGCCCUCGAGAAGGACGUAAGCGACAGUGUUGCGGCACUCCUGCACCUGCCGCCGCGCUUCUACUGGGCGCCGCAGCUGGGAGUAAGGGCAGACGAGAAAAUACCGGGGCUGGCGGAUCCACCCUUGCCACACUCACGCCACUCACCAUUCGUGCCAGCGGCCUCUUACACGCACACAUCCACUGUGAGGGCCACUGGCAGCCACGGCGACAGCGGUGGUGGUGGGCUGCUGCACAGCACGUCGCUGGAGAGUUUGAUUGUGCUGCUCACGACUGCUCGAGCGCAGGCCCACGCACGCUACCUCAGUGCACACUUCUCCAGCCCAGAGGACGAGGCUCGCCUGACGCAGCAGCUGGUGCUGUACUGCAGUGACCAAUGCCAGCCGCUUCUGAGGAAGGCGGCGCGCUGUGUGGGCAUUCAUCACAUUCGGACACUCCAAACGGUGUACUCACCGCUGGCGCACAACUACCCGAUGCAGGUGGACAUGCUGAAGGCGGCACUCGCGGAGGAUGUUGCGCAGGGCCUCUACCCGCUGCUGGUGUGUGGGGUGUUUGGGUCCCGCACCACUGGCGCGGUUGAUCCGCUCGACCAGCUUGCAGAACUGUGCCGCAGGGUGAAGGUGUGGUUCCACAUUGACGCAAGCCACUCUGGCUUGGCGCUUGUGGCUUCCGCUAAUGCCCACUCUGUGCAGCAACAGCAGCGGGAAACUGAACCGGGCGCACAGUCUGCAGCGAUGGGAGAGUGGAAUGCGGCGGCAGAGGCGGCGUGGCAGCAGCACGCAUCAGCCUUCCGCAGAGCUGCGGCUACUGCGGAUUCCAUUCACGUUGGUGUUUCGACGUCAUUUUUGCCAACACUUUCCGCCGUGUCGCCUGCGUCGCUGCUGUACGUGGCGGACGUGGCGAAGGUCGGUGUGGCGCUGCAGCGCAUGCACAGCGAGGACGAGACGGGGGCAAACGGGUGGUGCACGCCCGCUGCGACGGAUGUGUCGCGGCUUCGACUGGAGAAUCCAGAGAUGCGGUCGCGCGAUAUUAUCACGCUUGCGCUCACGCUCAUGCAGCGCAGGGAGGAUGGCUGCAUCCGACACGCUGUGCGGGAGCACCAGGCUGCCCUGCGCUACUUGGAGCAGCGGCUGCGUGCGGACGGCCGCUUUGACUGCGCGGUGCAUGCCUCCUGCUUCGGCAUGGUGCUGCUGCGCUGGCUCACCCUCGCCGAUGAGGAGACGGCGGCACUGAUGCGGCGCUGCAGCAACAUUCUUGCGGCACGCCACGCAGCGAGCGACGAUGAAGGGGGCCGACGCCCGCCCCGUGUGUCGCUUGGGCUCACGCGAAUACAGCGGCGAUUGCACAUUUGUGUGAGUCUUUCUCCUUCUACCGCUGCUGAUGGUGACGAUACGGACGAUAGUGGCGAGUGCUUGAGCCGGCACGACGUGGAUUUCUUUGUGGAUGUGCUGAGGGAGGCCGCAGCUGGAGUGAGUGGUGCCACCGACACGCUGCCGUCGUGA